AUCAUUUCCUUAACCUUACUUUUUCGAAAAGUAACCUCACAAAAAGGAACUUUUUCAAAUUCAAAAAAAUUAAAAAAUUGUAUAGUUUAUUCUUUAAACGGUCUGAUCUGCGACUAGCCAGAAACAUUCCAAUCGAUAUGUCCCAUUUUAGUGGAGUUUUGCAAUUAACAGAUCUGGAUGAUUUCAUCACACCAUCACAAGAAUGUAUCAAGCCGGUGAAAAUCGACAGAAAAAUUAAUUCAGAUACGAGAAUCAAGAUAGAAGAAGGUCAAUACUACCAAGAAAAUGAUGGUAUAUUACAAAAACUGGAUAAAGUCCAAAUAACAUUAGCUGAUUGCUUAGCUUGUUCUGGAUGUAUAACAUCUGCAGAAAGUGUUCUCAUCACACAGCAGAGUCAAGAAGAACUUUUGAGAGUUUUUGAAAAAAACAAGCAAUUGAAAAUGGAAAACAGAAUUGAUGAUUCUAAAUUCAUAUUGGUAUCUAUUUCUAUUCAACCAAUAUUAUCUUUAGCUGUAAGAUACAAUAUUACACCCAAUGAGUGUGCCUCCAAGUUGUCAACAUACUUCAAAAGAUUGGGUGCAGAUAUGGUAGUAGAUAUGUUUAUAGCUGAGGAAUUAGCACUUUUGGAAAAUCAGUUUGAAUUUAUUGAACGAUAUAGGGCUUCAAUGGAUGAUGGAAAAACUAAUGCUCUUCCCAUGUUAGCAUCCAGCUGCCCUGGCUGGGUAUGCUAUGCGGAAAAAACACAUGGGUCCUACAUUUUACCAUACAUUGCAACUACUAAAUCACCGCAGCAAAUAAUGGGUUCUAUUGUUAAAAAUUGGCUCACUAAAAAACUAGACGAUCGUUCAAUCUAUCAUGUGACUGUGAUGCCAUGUUUCGACAAAAAGCUCGAAGCCUCAAGAGAAGAAUUUUCGGAUAAAGCCAGUGAAAUCAAAGAUGUGGAUUGCGUCAUUACAGCAAUUGAACUUGAGCAAAUGUUGGAAAAGGAUAACAUAUCCUUGGAUUCCUUGGAGAAGUCCACAUUUUCUGAGCCUUGGAUUCCGACAGAAACUGUUGAGAGUUUGCCAUAUUUGAGGAGACACAUAGGUUCUGGGUCUGGUGGGUAUUCAGAUCAUAUAUUUAAGUUUGCAGCAAAAGAGUUAUUCGGAAUAGAAUGUGAUGAGGUAGAAUAUAGGGAGUUGAGAAACCCAGAUUUCAAGGAAGUAACCCUAGAAAAAGAAGGCCAGACCCUUUUAAAAUUUGCAAUUGCCAACGGCUUCAGAAACAUUCAAAAUCUUGUGCAAAAAUUGAAGAGAGGCAAAUCCCCUUACCAUUACGUUGAAGUUAUGGCAUGUCCAUCAGGAUGUCUGAAUGGAGGAGCUCAAGUGAGGUCGCAAAACGAUUUGAGUCCAAAAGAGCUCACAAAAAAAUUGGAGGAAUUAUACUGUUCACUUCCCUGUAAGGACCCUUCCGAUUCGAAAGAAUUGAAAUUUCUGUAUGAAAAUUGGCUACAAGGAAGAGACAGCGAGAAAGGGAACAGCAUGUUACGCACUACAUACCAUGCUGUUGAAAAAUCAACAAAUGCUUUAACUAUUAAAUGCAUUCUGAUAUGGCUGAGGAAACAAGGCAAGAUGCUGUUGAACUUAUUGUAACAGCAUGUGAAAAAUUCUCUGCCAACAAUGAAGGCGCGGCUAAAAUGAUCAAAGAAGAAAUGGAUAAAAAAUUCGGACCACCCUAUCACGUUGUGGUGGGAGAGGGUUUCGGCUUCGAAAUAACCUACGAAUGCAAGAAUUUACUCUAUAUGUUUUUUGGUGGAAAUUUAGGAAUAUUAGUGUGGAAGUGCUGAUCAAAAAUAGCAGAUUACACAUGGAUACUCAUUUUACUUUCGAAUAUAUAAUUCAAUCGAUAA